GUGGGCGGUGCAGUGAGCGGUGGGAGGGGGGCCGUCCGUGUCCACGCUCACUCACUGGUGGCAUUGUCAUGGAAACUAGACCACCGCCUCGCUAUUGUCUCGCGCUCUGCCAAGUUUAUUAUAAACACUGCGCGAGCAGCAGAGCGCUGUCAAACGGAGCGCGAGAGCAGAGCGAACUGCAGUCCAGGGAGGAAAACCGCAGAGAGAAAAGCAGGAGCAGGAGAAAGUGAAAAAGGAGAGUGAAGAGCUGUAGAGAGAAAAGCGAAAACAUCUGGAUUAUUUACCAAGAAACACGAACGACAGCCCUGUGACAGUGAGAUAUACACCACAAAGCUGACAGGAGUUUUGAAGAGACGAACCAAGAGAUAGGCUACUGGAGAGAUAUCCUACUUGAGAGACAGACCAACUCCAACUGGUUUGAACAAUAUCACUCUAUCUGCUAAAAUAAAAGGCGGCUAGAGACACACCCAAACCUAUCUGCUCAGAGUUCCCCUCGUCGUUUUUAGUUUGCAGACCGGUGUUUGCACCGGCUCAUCUCCAUGUAUAAGAUGGAUUACUCCUACCUGAACUCCUAUGACUCCUGCAUGGCGGCCAUGGAAGCGUCGGCCUACGCGGACUUCAGCUCUUGCAGCCAGGCCAGCUCCUUCCAGUACAACCCGAUCCGGAGCGGACCCUUCUCCAACCCAGGCUGCACUCCGCUCAGCACGGCCAGCUGCACCCUGGGAGCCCUGCGAGAGCACCAGCCCACACCUUACUCCUCAGUCCCUUACAAGUUUUUCUCGGACCCCUCCGGCCUGAACGAGAAGAGGAAGCAGCGGCGCAUCAGGACCACCUUCACCAGCUCCCAGCUGAAGGAGCUGGAGCGGGUCUUUGCAGAGACACACUAUCCGGACAUCUACACCCGAGAGGAGCUGGCGCUGAAGAUAGACCUGACCGAGGCGAGGGUACAGGUGUGGUUUCAGAACAGACGUGCAAAGUUUCGCAAGCAGGAGCGUGCGGCCAACGCCAAAGCCAACAGCUCUGGUGGCACCACGGGCAGCAGCUCCAGCAGCAGCUCUGGAGGGAAGAAGGGCGGAGAGCUGAGAUCUUCAUCCGAUGAUGAUGAGUCCAAAGAAUCCACCUGCAGCCCCACACCUGACAGCACGGCCUCCCUGCCGGGCUCGGCCAACGGAAACUUGGGCAGCCCCGCCAGCCUGAGCCCCAGCCCGGCUCCUGUAAACAGCGGCUACGUUAACACCUCCAGCUCUCCGGUUCUCCAGGGGCUGAAGCCGCCCAGCUGGUCCAGUCUGGGGCCAUCCAACCCAGCCAUUGCCCAACCUGCUACCCAGACUCAGGAGAUUCUGAAGGCCUGGCAGCCGGCGGACAGUAUGACCGGGCCCUUUGCUGGAGUCCUGUCCUCCUUCCACAGAAAACCCAACCCUACCAUCAAGACAAACCUGUUCUGAAGCACAGAGGAAGAGGAAAUGAGAGACAAACAUUAUGCUGUCUACUGGAACAGUGAGGAAUUUCCAGCUUUUGUUGAGAGUCAGGACAUACCCAUUAUAACACUGAAUUCAUUGGUGUAGUCUGCUGUAGUUCAGUGAGGCCUUCGGUUCUUCUC